AUGCUUAGACAGACGUUAUUGACAGCUCGUGCACAAGUAUUUAAACAUGGAUUGUCAGUAGCAAAUAGAGGAUUUUCUUACUUAACGCUGCUAAGGCCAAAGCGAAGGUUUACUAGUGGUAUUUUGAUGGAACAACUUGCUUUGAAGUUGGAUUCGGAAUUAGGAUUUGUGAACCAGGUUUUACGAGAAACAACACCAAAUAAAGAAUAUGAAAAUGCUUUACGCUCGUUUACCAUUCACGAGAAUCCUCUGCUAAAUUACAUUGCGGCUACCAAGGAACUGGAAAAUGAAAGAAUACGAAUUACAGUUCCUGUUUACAGUGCGAGGGCUUCUUAUACGGACAGAAAUAUUGUGAAGCAAAACGACGAAGGAGAAGAAAAAAAUGGCGAAUCGGAUGAAUUAAGCUACUUUCAGCAGUCUAUACCUACUUAUGUACAGAUAACCAAUAAUGAGGGAACUUUGAUUUGUUCACUAAUUUUAAAUAAGGACGAGAUUCUCUUUGACAGUCUUUUGUAUGAUCAGAAUAAGGACUCGUCCGUCGCUUCUACCGAUCUUGCCCAAGCGUUGAGAAAGAGUUCCAAGUAUCGUGGACGUAAGGCAAACAAACUUCCUGAUCUAUUAAAAUCUUCUCUUCUAGCAUAUCUGGAAGAAAAUGAAAUUACAGCGCAAGUCAUAAGGGCGUUGAUUUCAAGAAUCUGGCGUAAGGAAAAUCUGUCAUACAAAUCAUGGCUAGAAAAUAUUUUACGCUACGUUUUAUUUCAAGAUCCUUCUAAGUCAGCAAGUUAG